AGGAUUCAUUUAUGGACGUAACCUGCCCGACCACGCCCACUCGCCGCCCCUACCCCGCCCAAGAUUUAGGAGCAGCGAGCGAACAAGAUCCAGAGUGAUCGGCUGGCUGCCGAGGUCACCAGAUUCCUCGCGAACCCGCGUUGGAUGGACCAACUUGUCAGGUGCCUCUGAGCAGCGUGGAGGAGGUAGCGAUAUCGGAGUGGUUUAAUUCGCUGUUGUGAUUUAACUCCGAGAGGAGGGGGAGCGAGGUAGAAAUCCUGGCGGGACAUUGGUACUUGCAUUCAUGUGCAGGUUGGGCGCCUAAGUGAGGCUGAAACGUCCAACGGAAGCACAGUCGUUGCUCGGAUUCCCUGCCCGGUGUGAAGUCAGGACUAUGCUGCCAGAAUGUUGGCCAGGAAGAGCAUCAUCCCAGAGGAGUACGUCCUGGCCCGGAUCGCGGCUGAGAACGUCCGGCAGCCCCGCUAUACGAUACGUCCUCGCCAACCCCGCUUCAUUAACAAGAACGGAGCUUGCAACGCGGCGCACAAGAACAUCAGGGAGCAAGGACGCUUCCUGCAGGAUGUCUUCACCACCCUGGUGGACCUGAAGUGGCGCUACACCCUCUUCAUCUUCACCAUGUCCUUCCUCUGCAGUUGGCUCCUCUUCGCCAUGAUGUGGUGGCUGGUGGCUUUCGCACACGGGGACCUGGACCACAGACAGAGCGCGUCCUUCGAGCCGUGCGUCACCAAGGUGAGAUCUUUCACCUCGGCCUUCCUCUUCUCCAUCGAGGUGCAGGUCACCAUCGGCUUCGGCGGCAGGAUGAUGACCGAGGAGUGCCCCAUGGCCAUCACCGUGCUCAUCAUGCAGAACAUCUCGGGGCUGAUCAUCAACGCCGUCAUGCUGGGCUGCAUCUUCAUGAAGACGGCUCAGGCUCACCGGAGAGCGGAGACGCUGAUCUUCAGCCGGCAUGCCGUGGUCUGCCUGAGGAACGGCAAGCUCUGCUUUAUGUUCAGAGUGGGCGACCUGAGGAAGAGCAUGAUCAUCAGCGCCUCCGUCCGGAUGCAGGUUGUGAGGAAGACCACCACCACCGAGGGAGAAGUUAUCCCCAUCCACCAGAUCGACAUCCUGGUGGACAACCCCAUCGACAGCAACACCAUCUUCCUGGUGGCGCCGCUCACCAUCAGCCACGUUAUAGACAAGCGGAGCCCUCUCUACGAGAUCUCGGCCAGUGACCUGCAGCACCAGAACCUGGAGGUGAUCGUCAUACUGGAAGGCGUGGUGGAGACCACUGGCAUCACCACCCAGGCCAGGACGUCUUACAUCGCCGAGGAGAUCCUGUGGGGCUACCGCUUCGUCCCGAUCGUGACCGAAGAGGACGGUACCUACUCGGUGGAUUACUCCAAGUUCGGCAACAGGAUCAAAGUGGCAACUCCUCGCUGCACGGCCAGGGAGCUGGAUGAGCAACCCUCCAUCCUGAUCCAGACCCUGCAGAGGAGUGAGCUCUCGCACCAGAACUCGCCGAGAAAGCGGAGUUCCAUGAGGCGAAACAACUCAAUGAGGAGGAACAACUCUUUCUUAAAUAAAGUGCAGUUUUUUACUCCGGAUAGCACAGAAUACUGAUAAAUUCUAUCAUUGACUGGGAAAUGAAUUUUACAGAGGUGCAUGCAUUUUGUUUGGAAUUUUACACGUUUUCAAUCGAGUCGCGACUUGCAGACUGAGAAAGACAUCUUUAAUAAAAAUCGUUAUAUUUUUCUUUCUGUGCCCAUAUGAAGUUAAAGUAUAUUACACUACGAGCUCGUUUCUACGAUGUUAACUUUUUUUUCUGUUAGAAGUUCCGUAAACCCAUUGGAAAGUUAGCGAGUCCUUUGCGGUUCCGCAGGACCCUUCGCUGUUUGCCAAGAAUUUGUCUCGUACCUCAUUGGCAAUACAUCAUUUAUUGAUAGAACAAUCAACCAAUGAGGUGAAGGAUGCGUAACAGGUUAUCCACUGCUCGAUUAACUUCAAUAAGCAAGGGAACAGAGAGUCUGCACCUUUUUUUUGUUGUUCCGGCUAGCAUCCUCGAGGAACCUCCUGCUCCCUGAGUGUUUCUCCUCACGCCCUUUGCCCUUGCAUCCUGCCCCCAGUUUGGCGAGUAUCCAGUUCUGAGCUCGGUCCUUUUUCUCUUGCCUUUCUUCACCCUCUCAGUUUACAUGACUGUGGAAAUUAUUUAAAUUAGAAUCCAUUUAUCUUUAUUUAAUUAGUUCAGUUGAAAUAAAUUGAACAAACGGUUGAUCUGAUUUCUCUGUUGUUUUGAAGAUUGGUCUGGGCCCUGUGUCUGAGCAAGGGACAAAACGAAGGUGCAAGACAGAAGGGUUUUUGAUAGUGAUGAUAAGGGAAUUGGACUUAGAGAAACCCUUUAUAACGGGACUGAAAGGGUGAAGGAGAUACAGUAGAUCCUGUUAAUGAGUUUUGUUGACUGCUGACUUGUGCUACAGGAUAUAACAGACUGAGCUUGUGACACAAUAUAUAUGGGAUUUUCAGAGGAAGAAUGCUCUCUCAGAACAUGGCUUAUGUAUCACUAAUAUACACUGAGACUCAUCUUGAGCCUUAGAGCAAAUGGAAUGUAAACAUUGCUGUUCUGUAACUCUUUCCACUCAAAUAUGCCUAUAAAAUUUACAAGGACUGGGAAUUAUAGUGUGUCAAGACUGAAGGCCAAUAAAGAUGUCAAAAUAUCCCACUUGAGACAGAGUUUGUACAGUCAGUAAAAUGCCUGUAGCAGCUCUCCACAAAAGAGUUUGGCUCUUUAUGUCUGGGCAUGUGAUUAGAAUAAAUACUAAAGUGUGGCACUUGUUUAACAUAUGCUUAAAAAAAAGAUAAAGUAGAAAUGUCUUUGCUGAAUGUGACAGAUUUUUUCACCAUUUUAAUCCUCAGCAGAUAUAGCUCCAACUGUCACUCAAACUAGGAGGUGUAAAUGGCAUCUUUAGUUGAAUAAAAUCAAAGUUUGCUAGAAGCACUCAUGCUGCAUUUGUGGAAAGGGAAACAGAGUUAACCUUACAAGUUGAAGUGACAGCGACUGUGGCAAUACUGGUUCCUGGUUCCAUAUUGUAGAAAAGUCUUGGACGUAAAAUGUGAACUCAGUUUCCUUAUCCACAGAAGUUACCUUACUUGUUGAAUCUUUUCAGGAUUGUCCAUAUUUAUUUCAGACUUUCAGCAUCUGCAGUAUUUUUAUUACCAAUACUUGAAAACAGAUUGCUGGCAGUUCUCUCAACAUUGGGCAAAAUAAUAUUAACAAGAUGGCAGCUUUUAAGUGCAGCUGCAUUUUGCAGGUCCUAGAAUGGAUUACUAUGCUGCUAAUAUGUAGCUGUAUCUACAACAACUGUAAAUUGGUAUAUCAUGAUCACCAAUUGCUUACAGACAUUUGAAACUUUUUGAUUGCUCUGUAGAAUUAUAGAGAGAAACAGGGAAUGACUUAUAUAACGUUUGUGACUUGAAUUGUAAUGUUAGCUUUAUGAACUUGCUAUUGGCUGAAAAAAUCAUACAUUUGCUAAUUUUUUCUGGAUUCCAAUAUUGACACUUAUUCUUCUCACCACUUUUAAUCUAAUUUUUGGAUAAGAGGGAGUACCAACUCCUGGUACAAAAAUAUAGUAAUGGUCUAAAAAUUUCACACCAAAUGAACAGGCUGGAGAUCUGAAGAUGGUGAUGGUACAGUCUGAUCAGUUUACUGGAUUACAGAGUUGAACAAACCCAGCUAGACAAAGUCCGAUUUUAUUUUUUGAAUGAAUUAAUAAUUCUUCUGGCCCCACACCAGUGACCAGACUUGUGCACAGCCACACCAAGCCCCAGCCAGGCAGUCAAGAAAGAGUGUCAGUGUGGAAAACUGUGCUGAGAUUAUAAUCAGACUCCACUUGUUGCAACAGUCAGAUCUAAUUGUUGGCAGUGCCUCAGCAUUACAGCUAGGUGCAGAUGUCCAGCCCAAAUCAGAACUGCCCACUCUGUAAUAAUAUGAAAAUUUACAAUACUGCAACAACUUUAAUGAUACCUGAGGUAUGCGGCUUCUCUGUGUCCUUGACCAGUCUGAUCUACCUGAAACCAUCAGCUAUCUCUCUGUGUGGUUUUAUCUUAAAAGGUUCCUCAUAAGUAGUUUUCCAAUUUUUCUUUGUUCUGGCUUGGAGAAUUUAUUUGUAUACAGCUUCUCUCUUCCUUUCCAGUCCUGAUGAAGAGACUCCGGCUGAAACAAUGACAAUUUUAUUGCUUUCUAUAGAUGCUGCCUGACCUGCUGAAUUCCUCCAACAUUUUGCGUGUGUUGCAGGAUUUCAAUCUUUUGUGCUUAUGAUACUGCAGAGUGACUUGUGCAAGUGUUUCCUUCGCUCAUUCUCACAUGCCCAUCUCUGAAUUACCUCAAUGCUUCUUGAUUUAACUUAUCCUGUUUAUCUAAAGUUUAUCAUUUGAUAGUAUUGGCCAAUCAGUUGGAUUCUCUGUGAAGAAUCACGUGUUUACAAUUUAUUCCAUUUUCUUGAAGUAGAUUUGAUUCCUUUUUCUUAACAAGCACAUAUUUUUUCUUGAGGAAUUCUUAACUCAUAAUAAAACCCACACAAACUAAUCAGUUAAAGAUCUGAAACCUUUUAAUUUCUAAGAAAAUCAAUUAAGAUUCUCAUCUCUAGUUUAUGAAUUCCUAAUUUCUGCACCCAAACUUCCAAAUUUAUUGAAGUUCCCAAGAUCAAAUCUUGCUUUACCAUAUCUUUCUAAGCUCCAUCUAAGUGCCAUUUAUUCAACACCUUUGCUAUGUUCAAAUCAAAUCAGUUAUACAGUAUUUUUUUAUUUGCAAUUAAUUUAUUCUCUCUUGAGUAAUUCUUUGCUUUCUUAACUUUUUCACCAUCGGUCAUAGUCAAAGAGUCACAGAAAGAUGCAGCAUGGGAGCAGACCCUCUGGCCCACUGAAUAUGUGCCAAUCAUCACUUGUAUUAUCCUUUUGUAAGGCAUUUUAUUUUCCCCUUAUCAACCUCUCCCAGAUUUUACAACUCGCCUGUACUAGUGGUAAUCUAUAGCGGCCAAUUAACCUACCAACAUUUUGAGAAGGUGUGCGGAAAUCAUAUCACUCAAGGGAAACCCAUAUAUUUACAGACAGCAUGCCAACUCCAUACAGACAGCACCAAAUGUCAAGACCAAACCCAGGUUACUGGGAGCUGCUCACCGUGCUGUCCCAAAACUUCAGCCGCAUUUAAAACUUGAGGAUUCAUUUUUUUCAGCUUUAGGUAUCAGAAACUUGUUGGGUUGGCAAUGUGGAAUCAUAGAAUAACAGAAUAUAGAGCAAGGAAAUAGGCAAUUAGACCCAGUCCAUCUAUACUGAAGUGCAGGCAUUUUCCCACGUUAUUGACUGCACCCAGUGAUUGGUCCACAGACCUUGGUGCCUAAGUGAUUGAAGAGUUUGUCUAGAAGCGCUCAGCUAGAAAAGUCUUGGAAAAUCUUGGCUCUUUAAUGUGGAGUCUCAAAAAAAUCUGCAUGUUUAAAUAAAUAGUUUGUUGCUGCUUAGUAUAUUUAUAUCAGUGCACUCAGUGCACUGCUUUUUUUACUGUAGUCCAAAAUAUUGCUAUAAAUACUGCUAUUUAUUAUUAUUUAUCUAUUUAUUCCUUAACAUCAGACUGUUCUUACUCAUAUAGUGGUGUGCACAUAUGUAGGAGUUAGGUAGGAGUUGUGGACUUAGCUUUCUCUUCCAGGCUGAAAUAAAGGCUUGCAUCUCUUUUCUAAGAGUAAGUAUUUGUGUUGGCACUGAAACAGAAAACAAUGCAUACAGGAUAAGUGUCGUGAUUUAGACACAGAUUCUGGCUUAUUGCUCCAACACAGCACUGAGGGAUUGCUUAAAGAUUCGAAGCAACACUCAUGAAAUGCUGGAGGAACUCAGCAGGCCAGGCUGAACUAUGGAAAAGAGUACAGUUGAUGUUUCGGGCCAAGACAUCGACCGUUUACUCUUUUCCAUAGACGCUGCCUGACCAGCUGAGUUCCUCCAGUAUUUUGUGUGCGUUGUUUGGAUUUCUAGCAUCUGCAGAUUUUCUCAUUGUUAAAGAUUUAAAGAUUAGCUUUAAUUGUCACAUGUACAUCGAAACAUACAGUGAAAUGCAUUGUUUGUAUCAGGGAUGAGAUGGUGGCAGCCUACAAAUUGUCGCUGUGCUUCCGGAACUAACAUUGCAUGCUGCACUGUUGGAGGCACUUUUAAGUGAGAUGUUAAGUAAAACAUCUAUCUGCAAUUUGAAUGGAAAUUCUCCCAUGUCUUUUGUCCUAAUUAAACCAGACUACCUGGCCAUUGUUCUGUUCUUGGUUUGAAAGCUUGCUGAGCACAAAUUGACUGCGCUGCUUCUAUUUCUACAACAUUGGAUACACUUUAAAGUUGUUUCAUUGUCUGCUUAAUGUUUGGGACACCACACAUUAAUGAAAUAUGCAAUGCAACAGUAAACCUUUGUUUUUAAAUUUGAUAAGUGGCAAUUGAAAGGCCUAGUUAGCACAACUUUAGUUAUGGAGUAAAAUUCAUGUUAUAGGAAGACUCUUAUUAAUUGCAAUCAAGUCUACUGAGGUAUAACCACUAAAUUCGAUUUACUGUCUGCUUUAUUUUAUGCACAUCUUUUAAUCUGCUUGUAACACGUGUGUAGCAAUAGACUACAGAAUUGUUUUUUUUGCUUUGUUUCAUUAAUAUGUAUUAGUAACAUAAUCAGAGCAGCAACUUCACUCCUCCGUUUUCUGUAAUUUAAAGAAAUCCUGAAAUUGUGAAUGAUGCCAUAUUAGUGCAAGUGAAUUUUUUUCCUAAAGAAAAUAACCUUGUAUCCAGAUUCUUACUAUGAUAUGUAUAUCUAGUAGUAGUUAUUUUAAUAUUUUUGCUUGCUACUGAGCAGCAGCUCCAAUUUAUUAAACUCUGGAAUUUGAAAUAACUUUUCAUUAAAAAUAAAUGAAAAAAAAUAUGAACAAGUGGAUUCCAUUGGGAAAAAGAAUAAAGGUUAAAGUAUUAUCCAUUUACUGUAUUUGGAUACAUUUAUUACAAAAAUUCCAUUCAAAAUAGUGACCAAUUUUCAAGUGUUCGUUGAAAAUAUAAGUGAUACAUAUAAAUUUGUAAAACAGCAGUAAAAUCAAACAAUACAUCACAAUUAUUGUCAUAGCCUGUAUAAAUGAAUGGCAAAGCUAAUGGUUUCAUAGAUGCAAUUGAUAAUUACAUCCACGUUAGUUGUCAUCCUCAUCUGAGAUAUUCUUUAUCGAAUGUGUUGGCUGUACUGCUGCCACGAAACAACAAAUCUCACAUUAUCUAAGGCAGUGAUAAUAAAUCUGUUUCUGACGCUGUACCUAAGCAAGAAUUAAAUUGAACUCAUUUGUUGUAUGUAUUUUCAGCAGCAAAAUAUUUAACACACUGCACACAUUAUUUCCUCUUUUCAUGUGCUGGUAAUACUUAAACUAACAAAUGGUUAUCCUCAGACAAAGCAGUUGAAUAAACAGUAACCGAUAUAACAAGGUAUAUGUAACAGAUCUCACACAUGCCCUCUUUCAGAAUUAGAAGUUUUCCACUAAUAUCUACAAUUUAGCUGAGCACAUUUGUUAAACUGCCAUUCAAUAUUAGCUUUAGCAUAGAGAGGUCUUUUAUUCUUCACUGACAAAUCCAUGUUUUGGCACAUCAUCAGCCAUGAAUGUUCCCAAGCAACUUCUACAUCUUUCUUCCACUAGUUGAAAUGGAUCAUGAAGUAGGAAUAUAUUUCUGCCAGAAGGAGGACCUGACAGCAAUUUUAUUUUUAGCCUGUGAGUGGACUGUAGUAAAAUUUGAAAAUGCUGGAUACACAUCAGGGAGUAAUUGUGGAAUGAGAGUUUUAAGUCCAAUUUGCAAUUCUGAUGAAGGUACUUUGACCUGAAACUAUAAUGCAGUUUGUUCUUCAGAUCAGGGGUUCCCAACCUUUCUUAUAUCAUGAACUCCUACCAUUAACUGAGAGGUCCCAGGUUGGGAACCCCUGCUCUAAAUUCUGCUUGACCUGCUGAGUAUUUUCAGUGUUUUCUGUUUUUUUUUAAUUUCAGAUAUCCAGCAUUUGCAGUUCUUGAUUUUCUUUUAGUGUGUCUGCCCAAAUCUAAUUAGUUGAUAACCAAAAUCAAGUUUUGACCUCAGAAUGACCUUUAAGAUGCCUAUUAGAAAUACAUCUAUAUCUGAUUAAACUGAAGAAAAUAUUUAUUGAUUAUUAUUGAACAGAAGAAUGUUAUGAUAGAAGCAAAUAGAUUAUCCCCACCUGACCAAUACCUGGAGAUGAACCAUGUGAUGCACAGUAAACAAUAUUGAUUUGACCAAUCAUAAGAUAAGGAAAUGUGGCUAUGUAUAUAAAGGACUAUCAUUGUUUUACCCAUUUUGCACCACUAAGCAAGACAGAUUUUAUCUUCCUAACAAUUAAUCUUGUGUAUCACAUUCCCUCUUUAUACUUAUGGAGGAAAUUACACUCAGUUUGUUUACCUUUAAGAAGUACGCAUCACGAUAGUUUUAAUCCUUUAAAUGCUGAUUUUUGUAACACAAAAUCUUGUAUGAAAAGUUUAAAUUAAAAUAUGGAAAUAUGUU